UAUCUUAUCUCAGUACCUAACUUCCUUUUUUGUGCUCCACUAAUCACUCAACACACAGAGAGGAAAAAGAAUAGUUAGCAAGCUAAAAAAAAAAAAAUGGCAGAAAGCAAGGAAGAAGAUGUUAACCUUGGGGCAAACAAGUAUAGGGAAACUCAACCUUUAGGCACAGCUGCCCAAACAGAUAAAGAUUACAAAGAACCACCACCAGCUCCAUUGUUUGAGCCUGGAGAAUUGUCAUCAUGGUCAUUUUACAGAGCUGGAAUAGCAGAAUUUAUGGCUACUUUCAUGUUCUUGUAUAUUACAAUCUUGACUGUUAUGGGACUUAAAAGGUCUGAUAGUUUGUGUGCCUCUGUUGGUAUUCAAGGAGUUGCUUGGGCUUUUGGUGGUAUGAUAUUUGCUUUGGUUUACUGUACUGCUGGUAUCUCAGGAGGACACAUUAACCCAGCUGUGACAUUUGGUUUGUUCUUGGCAAGGAAGUUGUCCUUAACAAGGGCACUAUUCUACAUAGUGAUGCAGUGUCUUGGUGCUAUCUGUGGUGCUGGCGUUGUUAAGGGUUUCAUGGUGGGACCCUAUCAGAGACUUGGUGGUGGUGCCAAUGUGGUACAACCUGGCUACACUAAAGGUGAUGGACUUGGUGCUGAGAUUAUUGGCACUUUUGUCCUUGUCUACACUGUUUUCUCUGCCACUGAUGCCAAGAGAAAUGCUAGAGAUUCACAUGUUCCUAUUUUGGCACCUCUUCCUAUUGGAUUCGCGGUGUUCUUGGUUCAUUUGGCCACCAUCCCAAUCACCGGAACUGGUAUCAACCCCGCCAGGAGUCUUGGAGCUGCUAUCAUCUUCAACCAAGACCAAGCAUGGGAUGACCACUGGAUCUUCUGGGUUGGACCAUUCAUCGGCGCUGCUCUUGCUGCGGUUUACCACCAGAUAAUCAUCAGAGCUAUUCCAUUCAAGAGAAGUUCUUAAGUUUCUUGAAUAGUUCUCGCGUUAUGUCAUUCAGCAUUAUCUGUACCUUUUCUUUUUUUCCCGUUUGGUGCCGUUGUGUAAUGUAAUUUUCUUCUCUCAUGAUGUCAAUUAUGUGUGUAAAUUAUCAGGUUAAUGCUUGUAUCUGUCUAAAGCUUUCUAAGUGAAAGAUACUUAUUCCAUUUCA